UGUCUGUCUGCCAGUCGAGUCGACUGUGAUUUGUUUGUGUCUACUGUUAAUGUACACAAAAUGAAUUCAUCAGAUAGUAAUUUCUUAUCAGUGCUUAUCAAGUAAUUCUUAAAAAAUAGUCGAUAUUUGUUCGUUCAUCGUAUUGCCUUGCCUACUUUGUUGGAAAAAUCUUUGAAACUACGAUGAGUUCCGACAGCAACGACCGGGAGCUGCGUAUCGCUGUAAAAGAAGCCCUGGUAGGCGAUCCAGCGGCAGCGGAUCUUCGGUUGUCCCUUUUUGUUGCUGCAGCCAAAUCUUUUAGGUACGAUUCUUGUCUGCAACCCUUUCCAGCUAACUAUAUUAUCAACGGCGAAAAAAAUAUCACUGAACUGACCAAAGCUCUGGAUGAACUUCCUCCAUUGGACAAUCUGUCGAUAGACAAUCUUAAAAAGAGUUCUAUCGAUCUGUUACAUUGGAUACUGUGCAGACAAUCCGGUGCGCGUCUGAGAACUGUACCUGCACCCGACCAUGAUUCGGUUCUAGCUAAAUCACCUUGCUUGGCUGCAUUCCAAAGACCGCACUACAUAUUUGAAGUGCUUCAUCAAGGAGAAUCGCGAUCGGAGCGGGUAUUUAGGGAAAACUCAUCGCACUUUAACUCGUGCCAUGCAUACCACGGAAGUAAGUUGUUCAACUAUUACUCCAUACUGAAUUACGGCCUUCAGCAGCAUCUGAACAAGACUGCUUUAUUCGGCGAAGGGAUAUAUCUGUCGGAAGAAUUGCACGUGAGUCAAAUAUUUGCCCCGACCGGAGCUGGCUGGUCCAAGUCUUCGUUGGGGAGUCACCUGGCUUGCACGGCCAUGUGCGAGUACAUUGACAAUCCGGCCUACGUUAAAAGCCAAGAGGAAAACCAAAGCACCAAUAUACCGGAAAAGUAUAUAAUUGUAAAGAAUAACGAUCUCAUUCAAGUCAGAUACCUGCUCGUGUACGGCAGCAGGAAACAGCCAAAACCUGCCGGUACGAUCCUCCAGCAGACAGCCGUAAAUAGGACAGCUCGGCGGUCUCCUCAAGCGGCACCCGGCCCUUUGGCCAGAUGGAUAAGGGCCAACCGAAGUUGGCUUAUGGCCGGUGGAUACUUUCUGCUGCUGCUGUCUAUCGGAAUCAUGAACGGCAGAGAUGCGGACUACAUGAAGCAGAUGCUUCUGCAGAAAUUUAACUACAUGCGCAACGCGCUGUUCAAGGCCAUAGCGGAAGGAGAGACGUAAGUGUUUCUCUUGCAUUAGUUACCUAUCGAUAGCUUUAAAAGAUGAUUUAAACGCAUGUUUUUGUGUUGACUUCUUAGUGAGGUCAGACAUUUGAAUAAUUUUUUAUAACGGUAGUCCUUUCAAUAGACGAAGGAAAUGGUAGAAGAAAGUAAUGAAACGUAGAUGUUUUAUGGUGUCCCUAGAGCGUGACAAGACGUGAAGGGGAAAGAGCGGAAAAUUAGAUUGGGUAAGGGUUUUUGGAAAUGAAUUUUUUUUAGUUUCACUAUAAUUUGACUAGCGUCACGAAUGCGCGUAUUUCGGCUACAACUUGCAGCCUUUCGUGUCAGCGUUAAUAAUUUUUUAGUUCAUGUAAGAUUUUAUUUUUCACAUCAAGCAUUUACUCUUCCCCAUGAAAGAAAAAAGUUAAGCCUAACCGUUAUAGAGUUAAUAGGGAAAAAAAGAAAAGGACUAUCAUUAUAAAAUAUUUAAAAGAUAGUUAAAAGCGGGCGGGGCAUAUGGAAUUUAUGAGGUAGCAAUGAUAAGAAUACUGGAAUAAAUGUUG